UACCGGUUUAACCAGAAGUCCCAGAGAACGGUGAAGGAUGUGAUCUCCCUCAGGUUUAAGAGCUACGGGGCAGAUGGGGUGCUGAUGCACGGGGAGGGACACAGAGGAGACUACCUGACAUUGGAGCUGCACCACGGGACCCUGGCUCUGCACCUCAACCUGGACGACGCUAAGCUCUACCCCAGCAGUGCGAAUGUGUCAGUGUUCCUGGGCUGUCUCCUGGAUGACCAGCUCUGGCACUACGUCCUAGUUAAACGCUCCAACAAGCAGGUCAACCUCACCGUGGACGGGCACACACGUCGCCUCAGCACCACAGGUGUGGAAGACUCACUGGAGGUGGACUAUGAGCUCAGCUUUGGAGGAAUUCCUAUACCCGGUAAACCAGGAAGCUUCCUUAGGAAGAACUUCCAUGGCUGCAUAGAGAACCUCUACUAUAAUGGAGUCAACAUUAUCAACCUGGCCAAGCGACGCAAGCUCCAGAUCCACAGUGUGGGCAACGUGACCUUCUCGUGCUCUGAGCCCCAGCCCCAGAUGGUGUCCACCACCUUCCUUUCCUCCAGCAGUAGCUACCUGUCUCUACCCCUGGAGCCUCUUGGGGUGUGGGGGCUGGACGUACACUUCCACUUCAGGACCUGGAACCAGGAAGGACUUCUGUUCUCCACCGGCCUGGCACAGGGAUCACAGCACCUGGUUUUGCAAAUCAGCAGAGGCCAACUGCACCUAAUGGUCCAUGGAGCUGCUGAGCAGAAAACAAACAUUUCCAUAGAAGGCAGUGUAACUGAUGGACUGUGGCAUUCUGUUAGUCUGAGCUACAGAGAUCUGAUGGUUUCCCUGGUCUUGGACAAUGAGCCAACAUCUACCAUGGACGUACAAAGUCAUGCAGACUCAGGAAAUAGUGUAUUUUUUGGAGGUUGUCCCCAAUACAGUGGGGGCUGUAAGAACCCUACUGUGGCCUUCCAGGGGUGCAUGCGUCAGAUCCUCCUAAACAACCAACUUAUGGAUCUACCCCGUGUGCAGCAAGGGCUUUUGGGUAAUUACAGCAAGCUUCAGUUCGACAUCUGUGGGAUCCGCAACAGAUGUCUGCCUAAUUUUUGUGAGCAUGACGGACGAUGCACCCAAUCAUGGGAUACAUUCUACUGUGACUGCUCAGGGACAGGCUACACUGGAGAAACCUGUCACAACUCUAUUUAUGAAGCGUCGUGUGAGGCACACCGACAAAUGGGGAGUACGUCUGGCUACUUUCACAUUGAUCCAGAUGGGAGUGGUCCUCUAAAGGCAACACUGGUCUACUGCAACAUGACUGAGGACAAGGUAUGGACAGUGGUGGGCCACAACAACAGUGGGUUUGUGAAUGUGACUGGAGCCACAACAAAGAAGCCGUAUGUGAUGCGGUUCAACUACACAGCCUCCCUGGAGCAGCUCCGCACUCUGAUUGGACAGUCUGAGCACUGUCAACAGGAAGUGGUCUACAGCUGCAGGAAGUCCCGUCUCUUCAAUACUUGGGAUGGGAGGCCCCUGUCAUGGUGGCUGGACGGGAGUGGAGAGAAACAGACCUACUGGGGAGGCUCUGUACCUGGGGUCCAACAGUGCUCCUGCAGCCUGGAGGAAAACUGCAUCGACAUGAACUACUUCUGCAACUGUGAUGCAGACACACACUUAUGGGUAAACGACACAGGAUUGCUGUCCUACAAAGAUCACCUYCCACUGACMGAGAUUGUAAUAGGAGACACCAACAGGACAGGCUCAGCAGCUGUAUACAGAGUCGGUUCCCUUCACUGCAACGGUGACAGGUUCCUGUGGAAUGCAGCCUCGUUCUAUCCUGGGUCGUCGUCCCUCCACUUCCCUAAGUUCCAGGCUGAGCUCAGUGCGGACAUCUCCCUGUAUUUCAAGACCACAGCUUCCUCUGGUGUUCUCCUGGAGAACCUGGGGACCUCUGACUUCAUCACCCUGAAGUUGACCACUCCCUCAGCUAUAACAUUKAUCUUUGACGUGGGGAAUGGCCCGGUGGACUUGACGGUGACGUCCCCUGUCCCCUUGAAUGAUAAGCAGUGGCACUACGUUAGGGCUGAACGCAACCUGAAGGAGGCUUCCCUGCAAGUGGACCAGCUGCCCCUACACACUCUGGAGGCCCCCUCUGAAGGGCACUACCGCCUGCAGCUCAAAAGACUACUGUUCGUAGGAGGAUCCACCUUCAAAGAGAGCAGUUUCCUYGGCUGCAUCCGUGCAUUGACCCUGAACGGCGUGACCCUUGACCUGGAGGAGCAGGCCAAGUUGACCCCAGGAGUGACCCCAGGCUGCCCWGGCCACUGCAGCGGCUCUGCUAGUGUCUGUCAUAACAGAGGGCGGUGUAUGGAGAAGAACAGUGGAUAUGUCUGUGACUGUACACACUCUGCCUACAAUGGACCACACUGCAAGAAAGAAGUGUCAAUGUCCUUUGAGAGUGGCUCCUCGGUGACCCUUACCUUCCAGAUGCCUUUUCCAGUCAUGCACAACAGAGACAGAGGUAGCCAGUCGUCCAGCAGUCAGCCAGUCCAUAGCCAGUCCUCAGCCAUCUAUGCCCACAACYGCYAYUCCAGAGAAAAUGUUGCCUUCAGCUUUCUGACGACRCACACCCCUGCCAUGUUACUCUGUGUCAGCACCUACCAUCAACAGUACCUGGCUAUCAUCCUCGCUAACAACGGGAGUCUGCAGAUCUGGUUCCAUCUGAACAGAGAGAAGAGAGCAGAGAUCUUUACUCCCAAAGCCUCCAGCCUAGCCGAUGGGCAGCUCCACCGUGUCCAAGUACACCGGGYAGGCAAAGACCUUCAUGUCCAGAUUGACAAAGACAUCAACCAAAAAUACAACCUUUUUUCUGACAUGAAGAUGAACACACUACGAUCUCUGACUUUGGGUAAAGUCACAGGUACAUCAGCAGGACAUGCUGGUUUGGCUGAGGAGGUCAUUAGGGCAGGAUCCAAGGGUUUCAUUGGCUGCCUGUCGUCUGUCCAGUUCAAUCAUUUGACACCGCUGAAGACAGCCAUUUUGAAUCAUGGAAGCUCAUUAGUCCAUGUUCUUGGCAAUCUAGUUGAAUCGAACUGUGGAGCCUUGGCUGAUAGUACAACUUCACAAUCAACAUCUGAGGGCGUCGAUAGGGGCAUAGAUCGACUGAAGAAGACAAGAAGUGAUUCAGCAGUAAUUGGAGGUCUCAUCACAGUUGUGUUCCUCAUCACCCUCUGUGCCGUGGCCGUGACGUCAUGCUUCCUGUACCGCCGCUACAGCCACACCCACCCCCAGGAGAAGUCCUCCAUCUCACAGAAGAAGGAUCCCAGACACAGCCCGGAACACAGCUACCCUGCAGGCCUGGAGAACAGCUAUCCUGUAGACUUGGUCUUGGAUCUAAACCUGGACCUGCUCAGCUCUGUGAGUCACAGCAGAAUGGAGUACUACAUCUGAUGCCACCAUAGCCUUCUUUGCCCAAUUUCCUGCCUCCUGUUCUGCGCACUGUUCUUCCUGGCCUCAAAUACAGAACAGGCCCCUCUGGGUAGGUUAGUCACCUGCCUGUCCCUGGYCUUUCUAGGAGCAGUGAUCAUUGGUGAUCCAUUCACUGUCUGGCUCCAAGAAUGACRCAAGGGAGGAUGGUCAUUCCGCAGUUUUAUAUCUCAAAGGCUGUUUAUUGGGGCAUGGGAGCUGUACCACUUUUUAUGUGCAAUGACAAUUGGAGAACAUUUAUGAUAUAUCUACUUUAUAUUAUAUUGCUCUAAAGUCAGGAGACAAAAAGCCUCAAAGAAUCAGAUCCACCCCAGUGACUUUAUAAGCGCGCUUUAUAUAGCCUUCCAUUCUGAAUGUACAAUUAAAGGGAUUUAUCCGUUUGGGGUUGGUUGGGCACCGGUACUCUAACUCACUUACUUGUAUUCACUUGUGGAUUGUGAAUGUGAUAACGACUGAUUAAUGAUGUUCGGCCAUCUGCCAAGGCAAGGUCUGGGCAAGCAAUGCACCUGUUCUUGCUCCCUGGCUAAACCACUGAUCAAAUCUCACUGAAAAGCAUUGUGACUGUGUGCCAAGGACUUUGUGGCUGGUCCCCUUUUGUUCUCUGAACACAUCGGUUUUCUGUUCCCAGUAUGUUGUUUGUUGUGCCCUCACUGCCAAUAACCGUUUCAUUUCUUUCUGCAUCCACCAUCACCGACACCCUGCGACAUGUUAUGCUUUUAUGAAUCACCAAAGAGUGGUACAGUAAACGGAUACUAGAUGUCUGAAAGUGAAAAUAUAGUACAGUACAACGUUAUGUGAUUGUGCUAGUAACUUUCGAAAUGAAUUAUCUCUAGACCUGAAGAAGAUAAUCCGAGGGAGUUUAGGGUGUAACGGUCGUUUCCUUCUCAGGAGAGCGCUUGUCCUGGUUGUUGUUGUCGUGAGUUUUGUUGAACGGAGAAGUACAGUAUUGUACACAUUUGCUACAGUCUCCUCCAGAAACCAUGUCACUUGCUCUUACAUUGGUAAAACGUCAAGUCUUCAUAUUUUGCACAAUUAGCAAACCAACAGAACAACUCAAUUGUACAACAAAUCUGGGUGGCAAGCUUGCUAUACAAAGGAAACAUGUAUUCAGGGGAUGAUUUUCUGUCAUGAAGGACCCACGAUAAAGGAUUGUUAUUGGCUGUCUAUAUUAUUUUAAGUGCAUUAGGUAUUUAUCUACAGAACGUUAUUGUAAAAGAUGUACCUCACUGUACCUCACUGAUACAAUUAUUGAAUACAAUUCAUUUAAAUAUUCUAUUUAUUUUGAAUUUGUUUUCUAG